CUCUAGAACACAGCCAACCAAGCAAGAUCCCGGCGAAGGCGUGUGCGUGAGUCAGUGCAAUGAAAAUGAAAAGGCAACAGGCUCAACUGUCAUUUGAGGCUCCGAAGAGAUAAAACUCCCCAGCUCCUCACUCUGCGCGACGUCAUUUCCCCCACACUACCGGUGGCCACAACAACGCUGACAAGAUGUCCCAGAAUGCCUUGAACGGAGUGUCUCGCCGGGGCAAGGUGCUGACUUUGGACACCAUGAACCCCAAUGUGAAGAAGGUGGAAUACGCGGUUCGGGGGCCCAUCGUUCAGCUGGCGUUGAAGCUGGAGAAGGAGCUCAAAGAGGGUGCCAAGAAACCUUUCACUGAAGUCAUCAAGGCCAACAUAGGCGACGCCCAUGCAAUGGGACAGAAGCCGAUCACGUUUCUCAGACAGGUUCUGGCCCUGUGUGCUUACCCUGAGCUCUUAAAGGACAAUGCAUUUCCAGAGGACGCCAAGCAAAGGGCACAGCGCAUUCUGCAGGCCUGUGGAGGCCACAGUUUAGGGUCCUACAGCGCCAGCCAAGGCAUAGAGUGCAUCCGUCAGGAUGUGGCGCGCUUCAUCGAGAAAAGAGAUGGCGGAAUCCCGUCCAAUCCGGACAAUAUCUUCCUCUCCACUGGUGCCAGCGAUGCCAUCGUGACCAUGCUGAAGUUGAUGGUGUGCGGUGAGGGUCGUACCCGCACGGGAGUGAUGAUCUCCAUCCCCCAGUACCCUCUGUACUCGGCCGCCAUAGCAGACCUGGGCGCCGUGCAGAUUAGCUACUACCUGGACGAGGACAAAUGUUGGAGCCUGGAUGUGGUGGAGCUCCGCAGGGCCCUGGUUGCAGCCAGGGAGCACUGCAAUCCUCGUGUGCUCUGCAUCAUCAACCCAGGAAACCCCACUGGUCAGGUCCAGAGCAGGCAGUGUAUUGAAGAUGUGAUUCGCUUUGCAAAAGAGGAGCAUCUCUUCCUUAUGGCUGAUGAAGUCUACCAAGACAACGUGUAUGCAGAAGGCUGCCAGUUUCACUCCUUUAAGAAGGUGCUCUUUGAGAUGGGACCAGAGUACUCGAGUACAGUCGAGAUGGCCUCCUUCCACUCCACCUCCAAAUGUUACAUGGGAGAGUGUGGAUUCCGUGGAGGAUAUAUGGAGAUAAUUAACAUCGACCCAGAAGUGAAGGCCCAACUGGUCAAACUGGUUUCAGUGCGCUUGUGUCCCCCCGUUCCCGGACAGGCUCUGCUCGACUUGGUGGUGAAUCCCCCGCAGCCUGACGAGCCGUCGUACACCACAUUUAUGAAGGAACGGACGGCUGUGUUGGACGCUUUGGCAGACAAGGCCAGGUUGACCGAGCAGAUCUUCAACACGGUACCGGGUAUCACCUGUAACCCCGUGCAGGGCGCCAUGUACACCUUCCCUCGCAUCACUCUGCCUCAGAAGGCCAUCGACAAGGCCAGGGAGGAAGGCCAGGUUCCUGACAUGUAUUACUGCAUGAGGCUGCUGCUAGAGGAGGGUAUCUGCCUUGUGCCGGGCAGCGGCUUCGGGCAAAGAGAGGGAACUUAUCACUUCAGGAUGACCAUCUUACCACCAACUGAGAAGUUGAAGGUGGUGCUGCAAAAGAUCAGCGCCUUCCACCAGCGUUUCACACAAGAGUUUUCUUAACCCAGGCGGCGCUCGCUUGUUUUAAAGUGCCUUCAAUAUGAAACGAGCAACGUACUUUUGCAUCACUUCAUCGUACCUUUUUUUAAAAAUAGCAUGUGACGAUUCAUAGCGGAUGAUGCACUUUGCAGGCCAGGAAGUAGUGCUAACCUAACCUCGCCACCCUACUUACAUAAUAUGCUGCUAUAAGGGCAUGUGCCUGUCCUCCGACAGUGGAACCUCCAAAGUCAAACUUAGCUCUGUUCCAGCCGGUUGACUUCCAUGUUAAUUGUUGCCAUAUGAAAUAGUGUCAAGCCUGUUUAACUGUUGCCAUUCUAUGUUUUUAGUGUAAAAAUACAAUAACCGCUAUUGUAACAGUAAAUCAACUGAACCUUUCAAUACUCCAUCCAAUCGUUUUCUAUGCCGUUUAUCCUCAUUAGUGUCACAAGUAUGCUGGAGCCUAUCCCAGCUGACUUCAGGCAGAGGCAGAGUACACCCUGGACUGGUCGCCAGCCAUUGGCAGCCUUUCAAUACGCUUGACAUGUAAUAGGAAGGUAUUUUACAGAGCGAUACUGUCACCUACUGGCACUUCACUGGUAUUUCUGGAACCAAGUGUCAUUUCCAUACGUGUUAGGAAUUGUACUGCUCAUAUUGUACAGAGCACAUGUUCAAUUUCUGGGUCUGAUGACAUUUCUGUGAUGAAAAAUCUUAAACAUACUGAGCUGACAAGUGAAGAUGACGUUUUUGUCAACCAAAAAAAAAAAGCAAAAACAUGUAAUAUAAAUAAUUAAGAGUAUGUAUUAAUUUAUACAUACAAGAGCACCAACGGCGAGCAUGUUACCUUGUUGAAUGCGGUUAAUUGGUUCCAGACCCGACCGUGAUAAAUGAAUUUCUGCGAUACUGGGAUACAAUGUCAGUAAAUGGAAUAUUUUGGUAGUUGGAGCAUAGAAAACCUGUUUGUCAUUCUAAAUACGUUUUUUGACAUUAGUUGAGCCCUGUAGACAUGAAAUAACACCUUUAGACUUCUUACUUCGCAUUGUGCAAAUCUUAUGCUCAAGGGACUCAAGACGGCCACUAGCUCACAAGCUAGCGUGCUAAGCAGUUAGCCUCAUUCAUUUCUUCUAAAGCCAAAAACUUACCGCUUCCACAUGGAAUGGGAGGAGAACUUUUUUUCCAACAUCAUGUCAGAUAUGUCAUGGCUGACUUCAUGCAGUGUUAGGGUAAUUUAAGGUAAUGUCUCAAUGUUUUGUGUUAUUACUGCCACCCAGUGACCAGUAUAGUACAUAUCACUUGUAUUUCAAUGUGUUUUGACUGAUAGACCAUAGCCUACCGCAAAACAGCGACUGAUCAUUUAUGAAUUUCUGCAAAAGCAAUAAAGCGAGGGACCGAUAAUUGAACCGCAGUAUUGCGAGGGAUGACUAGUGGUUUAAGGAAUUGUCGUUCAGCCCAAAUAAGACAACUGGUGUCCAGUCUGUCAAUCAGGGCUCUCGCGCAAAUGCAUUCCAUGCGCGCGUGCACGUCACAAAAUAUCUUAAACGGAAGGUUUUAAAAACGGAUACUAUAUUCCUGAUGAACCAGUGAGUGAAAUCAUACGCUUUUCCAAGCGCUGCUUUUGGAACGUAACGUCCUUUUGUUGCAUGCAUCAAUGGGAUGCAGCCUACACGCUUGGAACAGGACGAAGGCGGGAUAUGAUCCUUGUAUACAGCGGCUUUAAGGACAAAGGCGGGAUAUGAUGCUUGUAUACAGCGGCUUUAAGUCUCACAAGAUUUACUGAGAAUGACUGACUCUACUUUGUCGUUUUGAUUUUCAGGCGAAUUAAGAAAUUCAUUCAAUUUUAGUUGAAAUUCAAACGGUUGGACUUUGGAGGUUGCACUGUAGUGAAAUUAUCACCCUGAUGAUCAGGCUGUCUUAUUUUGCCAAUUAUAUUAAUUAUCAAUGUAAAAACAUUGUUCUUAAUGUGAAUAAAAGACCUUGUAGUGAUGUGUGUCACAAGAGUCACAAUGGAAUGCUGGCCCACGGAACCGUCAUUUUAUUUAAAAACCCUCAGAGCUCACAUGCUUUUUGGAAGCACAAAGUAGGAAAUCUCUUCUCGGAAUGAACACAAACUAAAAUUAUUGAACUGUAAUCGUCAGUAACACUUUUUAGAUUCGAUUGCUUCCCAUCACCAACCCACAUGAGUCCUACUCAGACUCUUCCCGGCCCAGUUAAGAGUUCUCAAGUGCAGGUCGAGAUCUUUUUCUUGAUUUCUUUUCAAAGUUCAUCUCUUCUUUCUGACAACUUCGUCGCGUGCUCUUCCAAAAACUUACUAAAGCCGUCGACAGUCCUGUCCCCUCCUUCGAAUUUGACCGGGUUGUGUUUGGCGUUGCUGGGAGCAAAGUAUAUCGUCGGGAAUCCUUCCACUUUGUAGCUGUCGUUGGGCACGUCGUUGGCGGUGGCGUCCAUCUUGGCGAUCACCAGGUUCUUCUCGCCCUUGUACUUCUUGCCCAGAGCCAAGUAAUCAGGCUCCAGUUUUUUACAGUGUCCGCACCAAGGAGCGUAAAACUCGAUGAGGACGUCCUUCUCGGUAUCCAUGACGAUCUCCUCAAAGGUUUUUCCCACAACGACCUUCACUGGUCCUUUGUUGUUCUUAGGCACUGGCUGGGACUUGAUGAUGGGUUUCAGCUUUCCUGUGAAUGACAGUCACAACAGGGUUACACUGGGGAUUAGGAAAGACAUCUGGAGGUUCUUUUUAAAUAUACUUCCACACAAAAUGUUCCAGGUGGUCCUCGAGUUACGUUCUGUUCCUACACUGAUGAAGGUCAAUAGACCAUUCUUUACCUUAACUGUGGCUUAUUGAGAGGAGGAAGUAGAAGCAGCAAAACAAAACAGUAAGACUACCACACUGCUGAGUUAUUAAUUUCACCUUCAUGGCAGACACUAUAACAUCAGGUGUCCAAACUUUUUCCACACU